CCCACCACGAACGUGGGGAGUUGAUCAAUGAGAACGGAAGUUGGCCUCUAGGUAGUGGGCUAGAGAAUGACGACAGCGACAAGCGAGGGGCACUAGGAGCGAACAGGUCAAGGUAGCGCCACUCAACAACCCGCGAGCACUGGAUUCCUGCGCGCAUGCACCCUCUCUAGCGACAGAUCCCGGUACAGGUACGGACUACAGCCGAAUAAAUAGACGUCAAUUGCUUGAGAGUUGCAGGUUUCUCCACGCUCCUUUCACCCCCACAAUUUACACAGACGAUGUCUAUCAUCGAUACCACCAAGGACCUGUCAGCGCUCUUCACGCAGCAGGUCAAGGCCACACCUGAUGCAAUUGCGCUAGAAGACGAGAAUAACACAUACACAUAUCAGCAGCUCCAUGACAAAGUUGCCGAGCUUGCCCUACAGCUCCGAAAUCAUGGCGUGGGCCGUGACAGCUUAGUUGGCGUACUACUACCACGCUCUGCUGACUAUGUCAUCGCAUGUUUGGCUGCGCUACGCGCGGGAGGGGCUUUCCUGGUACUCGAACUAGCCUACCCACCAGAUCUACUUGCAGACGUGCUCGAAGAUGCGCGACCUACGGCAGUCGUCACCAUCAGCGCCGAGGUUGGGAAGAUCUCGGCCGGCAUCACGCUGGUGGUGCUCGACGAGCAGAAAUCAACAUCGAACGGCCACGUGGAGGAGUCAGAGCUGCCACCCCUUCCCGAGGAUACAGAUCUGGACCGAUUAUGUUUCGUUGCUUACUCCAGCGGCACUACUGGCAAGCCCAAGGGCAUUGCAAACCCACACAGAGCAGCCGUACUCUCAUACAAUCUUAGAUUUGGUUUCUCAGACGUCCAGCCUGGAGACCGAGUAGCCUGCAACGUGUUCUUUGUAUGGGAGAUCAUUCGGCCACUAUUGCGAGGAGCAACAGUCAUUGCUGUGCCCGACGAGGCCAGCUAUGACCCCCGCGCGCUCGUUGAUCUCCUCGGCACCAAAAAGGUCACGGAGACGUUGUUCACACCUACAUUAUUUGCCGCCGUACUUGCCCGUCACCAAGCGCUGGAGACGCGCCUUCCAGAUCUGAAGACCGUGUGGCUCAAUGGCGAGGUAGUCACUACUGACCUUGCAAGGCGAGGAAUCAAGGCUUUGCCGAAAACACGACUUCUCAAUGUCUACAGCGCCUGCGAGACACACGAGAUUGCUUGUGGUGACAUCAAAGAGAUGCUUGGACAGCUUGAUAAGGAUGCUGCUUACUGUCCAGUCGGGCCGCCCAUCAUUGACAAGAAGUACGUGUACAUUCUCAAUGAGAGUGGUCAAAAGGUGGACGAAGGCGAGAGCGGCGAGCUAUUUAUUGGUGGCCAUCUCCUCGCCCGUGGCUAUCUCAAUCUCCCAGAAGUUACGGCCAAGGCAUUCACACCCAAUCCAUUCAGUUCGCAGAAGGGUGCACGAAUGUACAGGACAGGAGACAAGGCUCGAUUACUGUCGAACGGCCUGCUCGAGAUUACUGGUCGUGUUGGUGCAAUGAUCAAGAUUCGCGGAUACUCGGUCGUGCCUGGCAAGGUUGAGAGCGAGAUCCGCAAUCACCUCGCCGUCAGCCACUGCGCUGUCAUUGCUCACGGUGACGGAAUUGAUAGGCAGCUGGUCGCGUAUAUUGUCCGCGACAAGGACUCCUCCGAAGAGCGACCGAUUGUCGAAAUCGACAAGGCUGGACGUAGCUCCACUGCCCGCCGCAUGCUACAGGCGUACCUUGCACACUACAUGCUGCCUGCUCUAUGGGUCGAGCUAGACGUGCUGCCCACCAACGACGUGUCUGGUAAGGUCAACACGAAGGCACUGCCUUCGCCGAGAUCAAGCUCCCCGACCGGAAGUGCACGCAAGUUUGAGCAGAGCCCUAUCAGCAUCGAGCAGAUUACAACGAUUUGGGCGUCCAUUCUGAACAUCGACGCCAGCUCGAUCACACCCGAAUACAACUUCUUCGAUCUUGGUGGCCACUCACUCCUGCUUGCUGAUCUUGCAGCGCGUCUGUCGAACACUUUCGGUUUCCGAGUCCCAGUCGCGCGUCUGGCGACACCAGCGACUCUGAACGGUCACCUCGACACUGUCCGCAAGAUCCGAGAUGGUAACACUGCUGAAAUCCAGGAUAACUUGCCCGCUGUUCUUCAAACUGAUUCUAUUCUGGACAAGGAAAUCCAACCCAAAGAAGCCAAGUUCAUCGCGCUCAAGGACGCGCAGACAGUACUUCUCACUGGUGUCACCGGUUUCUUGGGUGCGUUCCUUCUCAGGGAUCUUCUUGAGCAUACUUCUGCUACCAUCAUCUGUAUGGUACGAUUCGCCGAUGCUUCACAGGACGAUGUUCCGGCUGCCAUAGCAAGGAUCCGUAGCAAUCUCCUCGACUUCGGCCUGUGGAGUGACUCAGUCAUGGAGCGUGUCGAGAUCCUGCCGGGUAACUUGUCCAGGAAGCGUUUUGGUCUGCCCCCGAACACCUUCCAGAAGCUGGCUGACCGACUUGAUGUUAUCGUUCACGCCGCCGCUACUGUCAACCUGGUAUACCCGUACGCAGCGCUGCAGAAGCCCAACGUUGGCGGUACAAGAGAGAUCCUCCGUCUUGCCAGCGCUGGUGGCGUCACAGUGCAAUACGUCUCCACUAACGGUGUGCUCCCUCCCGCAAAAGGCCGCGAAGGGUGGUCUGAGGACAGCAUGCUCGGUAUCGAAGACGUCCCGACGAAACUUGCUGAUGGUUACGGCCAGACGAAGUGGGUUGCUGAACAGCUCGCUCUUGAAGCACAGAAGCGUGGCCUGCCGCUGAAGAUCCACCGUCUCGGAACCAUCAGUGGGCACAGCGAGACGGGUGCAGCUAACGCCUGGGAUUUGCUGACUGCCUUGAUUGUCGAGUCGAUCAGAAUUGGCCAUUACCCAGACGUCAAGGGCUGGCGCGCUGAGAUGACGCCCGUUGACUUUGUCAGCAAGGCCAUUCUGCACCUCAGCGACAACACGGAUACCGACCAGACUAUCUUCCACAUUGGCGACCCAGACCCAGUCGACAUCAGUAAAGUCUUCGAGGACGUUGAGAAGCUCGGGUACCCCACCCAGCCUCUGGCUUUCGACAAGUGGGUUGCUCUAUGGGAUGAGAAGCGUGGAUCAGCCAAGGGUGGUGUAGGUGCGUUCACCGUCGACAUCCUCCGCAGCGGUAUGCCCAGCAUAGAAUUCCUAAGAGACGUUGUCGUGCUCGACAACGCAAAGACCCGACCUCUCCGCUCGUCAGUCGAGCGCCCAAAGGUCGAUGAAGCCCUUCUCGAGACUUACACUCGUCACUGGUACGCCCGUGGCUGGCUGGCGCACCCACCCCGGAGCCAGAACGCCGUAGGCGGCGCAGCCAGAACGCUCCCCCGCCGCGGGCCCCUCUACGGCAAAGUCGCCAUUGUCAUGGGCGCGUCCUCGGGCAUCGGCGCCGCCACCGCCGCAGCCCUUGCCCGCGAAGGCUGCCACGUCGCACUCGCCGCACGCCGCCUCGAGGCCCUCGAGGCCCUCAAAGCGCGCCUCACCAUCCGCGACGGCAAGAUCAUCACUCACAAGACCGACGUCACCGACCCAGCCCAGGUUGCGGCUCUCGUUGCCGCCGCAGAGAAACACCUCGGCCCCGUCGACAUCUUCGUCAACGUCUCCGGCGUCAUGUACUUCACCAUGAUGGCCAACGCGCUGACCGACCAGUGGGCCCAGACCAUCGACGUCAACUGCAAGGGCAUCUGCAACGCCAUCGCCGCCGUGGUCCCCGGGAUGCUGGCCCGCGGCUCCGGCCACCUGCUCGCCAUCUCCUCGGACGCCGGCCGCAAGGUGUUCCCCGGGCUGGGCGUCUACUCGGCGUCCAAGUUCUUCGUCGAGGCCACGCUGCAGGCGCUGCGUGUCGAGACGGCGGGAUCAGGGCUGCGCGUCACAUCGGUGCAGCCGGGCAACGUGGCGACGGAUUUGCUGGGCAUGAGCACGGACAAGGAGGCGUUGAGCAAGUACGGCGAGCCCAGUGGUGCGAAGGUGCUGGAUCCAGAGGACGUGGCGAGGUGCAUCGUGUAUGCGCUGAGGCAGCCGGAGCAUGUCGCUGUUAAUGAGGUGAUGAUUGAGCCAAGGGAUGAGCCUAUCUAGGUCUGUGGCAGAGGACGGUGAUGCGUUGCGGGAUGUCAAGCUUCUGUGUGUGGAAUCACAGCUCUAGAUAUGAAUGAAGUUCGAAACUCAGGCUC